AUGAAGUUCUCCUCCGCUCUCAGUCUCGUUGCGGGACUUGUGGCCAUCUCAGAAGCAGCUCCGUCGACUUCAGUUGUUGAGUCGCGUGCUCUUCCUUUGGUGCAAUCCAACCAACUCCGUCGAGUCCUCCUCCGCUCCGAGCUCUUGAAGAAAGGACAAAUCCUCGAGGACUUCGCAUACUCGUGGUCAGGCAGGAAUCGACUCAUUGGUACAAUUGGCCACAACAAGACUGUCAAUUACCUCUAUGACACUCUGGUGGCCACAGGGUACUAUGAUGUCGCAUUCCAAAAAUUCCUCAUUUCCACCCCAAUCAACGAGACCUUCACUGUUGGCAACAGCUCCUAUGAGACUGUAGCAAUGGCUUUCUCAGAGGCUGGAAAGGUUACAGCCCCAAUCGUUAAGGUCGCUAAUUUGGGAUGUGAUGCUGCCGACUUCCCAGACCUCACUGGAAAAAUCGCUCUGAUCUCUAGAGGAUCAUGUACCUUCGUCAUCAAGGCAAGUUUCGCCGAGGCUGCCGGUGCGCUUGGUACCGUUAUCUACAACAACGUCUCGCCCGGUGUGAUUGCAGGCAGUGGCGAGGGUGACUUCGGUCCAGUUCUCAGCAUUACCCUCACCGAUGGACAGGCUCUUGUAGCAAAGCUUGCUACUGGCGCAACUGUUAUUGGUACUAUGAAUGUUGAUAUCGACUCCAUUACUACCUACAAUGUCAUUGCUGAAACCAAGGGUGGUGAUCACAACAAUGUUCUCAUGCUUGGUGCCCAUACCGACUCCGUCGAGGCUGGUCCAGGUAUCAAUGACAAUGGUUCUGGCAGCAUCGGUAUCCUCGAAGUUGCUCUUCAACUCACGAAAUUCUCUGUCAACAAUGCAGUCAGAUUUGGAUGGUGGUCAGGAGAGGAAGAAGGUCUGUUGGGCGCAACCUACUACGUCGAGAACCUGUCAGCCGCCGAAUCAGCCAAGAUCCGCCUUUACAUGAACUUCGAUAUGAUUGCCUCCCCCAACUUCGUCUAUCAAAUCUACGAUGGAGACGGAUCAUCAUUCGGAACUUCUGGUGCCCCUGGUUCUGCAGAACUCGAACAUCUCUGGGAAGCAUAUUUCCCAACCGAAGCAGGACUCGCCUUCGACUCCACCGCUUUCGAUGGCCGUUCUGAUUAUGGACCAUUCUUAGACGCCGGUAUCCCAGCUGGUGGACUUACAUCUGGUGCUGACGAGGUCAAGACUCCUGAGCAGCAAGCUAUCUUUGGCGGUACUGCUGGAAUCAUUCUCGAUCCAAACUACCACACUGCCCAGGAUACCUUGAAGAACUUGAAUGUUGGCGUUUGGGUCCAGAUGACCAAGGGCAUCGCUCAUGCGGUGGCUACUUAUGCCCGAAGCUGGGAGGGUUUCCCAACCAGAGUUACCAAGCGCGACGCGUCUGUUUCUACAGUCUACAAGCCAACCCGAAAGGGUGGUCUUUGGAUCUCGUAG